CACUCGCUCAAAUAAAACAUGGAGGUAGUGUCGUAAAACGUUGUUGAAGUAUUUGCCUUUGUUUACGUGUCGAAAUCAACGAACGAGAUUAGAAAACUAAUUUAAAGUGCUUAUUGUUGCGGUGUAUGGAAUUUGUUCGAAGAUUUGUCAACGUACUGUUUUUAUUAAGUACAAAUAUCGCAGAUAUUUCUUGAAAUGAAUAACGGGGAGGUUGGAGGAUCUAGAGGUAGAGGCCGUGGUUGGAAUCAACCCGAAAAGCCUCGCGAGCUCCGUCAGCCCAAACAUUUACAUGAGGAAACUAAAACUGAACCUCUUAAGUCGAAACUAUCAGCAGAAGCGGCGGAAUGGUAUCCACCCAACUAUGUUCGCCAAGCUCCUGUAGCAUAUCCACCUGAGCCCUAUAGAGUGCAGCGGUUUUCUUCUCCCCAAGAUAGAAUUCGUCAAGCGCAAGAACUAGAUACUUAUAAUUUGUAUGAGAUGUCGAAUUCAAUUGAAGAAACUGAAAAUAUUGAUUUGCGGGGUAAUAUAGCCAGCCUGAUUACAGUCAUGUGUGAGAUAACAGUUGACCCGGGCAAAUUUGACACUUUAUGUGGACCACUUGUCGAUUCGUUUAUUUUAACACUAAAUGAUGUGGACUACACCCGACCACUUGUUGAAGCUAUUGUUAAUCAGUCAAUUGCUGAAGCAAACUUCCGCUACAAUGGAGCUCGUCUGUGCUCCAUGUAUGAUUCAGUGGUACCUCAAGAAGACUCCACUUUCCGUGCGUGUUUACUUGAACGUUGUUCGACUGAAGAGAACAAAAUUAUAAGUGGCAUUGAAACAUCUGAGGAGAAUAUGCGUGGUUUUGCGAUGUUCUUAGCUGAAAUAUACACACAACUUGAAGAUAAUCAGAGAGGAAGAAUAAGGUCAUUGGGAGAAAGUCUCUGCAAAGUAUUGUUACACCUGCUUGACACAGAUAAAGAAGUCAAUAUUAAGGCAGUCUGCCAGUUGUUAAAACUGUCGGGCAUCGCGUUGGACGCGGACUGUCCGGCGAGCAUGCACGCGGCGUUCGAGAGACUCAAGUACCGGUCGCAACUGGCGUGCGUACAGCGCGUGCUGGAACUGCGCACCGCGCGCUGGGGCCUGGCCGAGCACGAGCCCGAGGAGCGCCGCGCGCCCGUCGACACCCGGCGCCGCCCCAACGCGCCCGCACCUGCACAAACAAACUCCGAAACGGAUGGGCUGGUAGGCGGGUACCUGGCCGACGGUCAGUCGCUGACGACGGAAGAGUGCAACUUCCUGCAGAGUAACUUGCCGAACAAACCUGCUUCGCUCGAUGACGACAUUCUUGAGGAGUUGGAGAACGAGGCCUGGGACACGGGCAUGGACCUAGAGAUGCAGGAUGCAUACUUGGAAUUCCUCAAGAUUUCCAAUCAAAUCAAACGAUAACCGCAUCUCUCCCCGUACGACACGUCCGGAACAGACCAGAUUGCGUCUUUAUAUUAGGACAAUUGUGAAAAGUAUAAAAAAAGAAUAAAACUUUAUAAAACAAUAAAAAGAGUUUCGGUGAAUGCUUAUAAUCACUUUAUAAAUAUGCAUGAACAUAGGGUACAUAAACGUAUUAAAAUAUUUUGCCUUUACUACAUAAACAAUAGUGUACUCAAGCCAUAAAUCGAGCAAUAAUAAAUUAAUAAAAAUUGUAAUGUAAGUAUACACACGUAUGGUUAUAUCGCAAUAAAUUAUUCAUAUUUUAAAAGAAUUAUAUCUAGAUACUCUUAAAAAGCUCUUUAAGUAUUGAAUGUUAAAGGCUCGAAGGCUCAUAGUUCGAAUAGAUAAUGCUUUAUAACAUAUAAUGUAUAUUUCUUUUUUUAAAUGAAUUAUCUAAUACACAAUUUGGUCUGUGACUCUGGAAACUUGCUUGCUUUACGACGUGACGUGACUAAUGAGUAGUUUUUAAUUAACAUAUUUUUAAUAUUACUAUUUUAUAAUCGAGCAUGCAGUAACAGUACAUAAUGAUUAUAGACUAAAUGUAAACAAGUAGGCAACUAAAAUUUCUUAAAUAAAUUUGAAAAACUCAAUUGGUAGCAGAGUAGAAUUGGCAAGCCGAUUUUUUUGCAUAACGAGUUUCUUUUUAUAUAAAAUCGCAAGGAUCGUUCAUUUUGACACCUACAUUGACUAUGAAGCAAGUUUAAAAUAAACAAGCCUUUUUACGGAUAAGGUGAAAAAUAUAAUUCAUGCCGCAUUUACACAUGCUCUCUCGUGUAGAUGAUCGACCGUUAACAUAUUCUACUUAUAUACGUCUACCUAACUCGUCCACAUAUGUAGAUGCGGCUUUAGGUGUCAAAAUUGUCGAUGUUUUUUUUUUUUUAUUAAUAAAAUCUUCUAUUUAGUCUUACAAUUUUUCAUAAGGAAUUUCUGUGAAACUUGUAGUUUUAAAAACAUUAGUCAUUUGAAUGAGUAUGGCAUAAAUGGGGAAAACGAAAAAGUAUAAAUUAUGUUACACAUUGAAUUCUUCCAUAAUAGUUAUAUACGAAAGUGGUGCUGUUAUCACAAAACGCAAUAGAAAAGGCCUUACAAUAUGAUCGCGAUACAGUUAAUUGAAAUAAGCUAAUACAAUUAAAAUGUAAUUUAGAAAAUGAAGUAAAUUUAAGGUGUAUUUCAUUCAUUUUGAUGAACUUUUUUACAACUUGAUCAUAAAAGGCAUAGCUUUGUUUUUGAUGUGUUAGGUUCACGUUUAAAGAUUUUUAAUAAUACUAUUAUUAUUCUGAUUAUCCGUCUUAUAUAUAAUAACAUAUAUCAUAUGUAGUACCCACCUCUUCUGAUAGAAAUAAGCAUGUUUUAUGUACUUUAUUCUUGUUUACAUUUUGUCUAAAAUGUUAAAAAUGUUUAGUGAUCUCAUUACUUUUCCAUUUAUUUUGUCUAAUUUACGACAAUAAAUGCCAUAUUCAAUCUUAAUAUCGAAUAUCUUCCUCUUAACACGUAGAGUAUAUUUAUAACACAAAUGACAUUUUUCUAUAGCCUUAUCUAUUAUUACUCAACGAAUGUUAGAAAACAGCACAAAUUCUUUUACCAAACGGUUAAAUUAAAAUUGGUAUUUCUUUUAUUACCUUCAUAUAUAUUCUGCACUAUUUCGUGGCAAGAAAAACAUUCCGGUAAACAUACACAUGCAUUUUUAUGUUAAUGAUAUGUUAUUUUAAAAUCAUUUUUCAAAUUAAUUAUUAAUACUCAAAAUUAAUGCUUUUUUUAAAAUAUCAAUGAAAAAACAAAUUAAAAAGAAAGUUAAAACAAUAAUAGUUUUUGCUUUAUAGUUUACUUGUCACGGUUUAUAAUUUACUUUAGAAGCAUGUGAUAGAGCUUUUAAUUUAAUAUUAUUAAGUUUUAUUGAAAUGAUGACAAUAUUUUGUUGUGGAGGUCAACAUUAUGCCAAAUUGUUACAUUUAUUUGUUGUCAUUACAUAAUAAUGCGUGUACGAUAAUGUUUGGGAGAGUGUGGUCGUGUCAUGAACGCCGUGAAUGCUUAAUGGCUGUAAUAAAUACUGAGAACUAAUAUGAGAAGUAAUACUUUUGUGUUAUUAUUAUUAUUCUCAACAUUACAUAAUAAAAUAAUUUUUGAAUGUGUUUAUGCAAUAUCGGUUUUAUUUAUUUGAAGCAAUUAGGCGUAUGUUUAUA